UUGCACUAUUUCAAAACCGGAUGUUAUGCAAACACGUGUAAACUGAAAUUUAGACGUGUGUGUCUUAGUAUCAUACGAGUAUUGCAUCUGCUUUGAAGUCAAAGUUUAAUUAAGGAGAAAGGAAUAUGUGUAGCGUUCAAGAUGAGGAUGGAGACAUAGCUGUUCCAAGAUCAGCCAUUAGUGCUGACCGAGUCUGCAUGAAGUGUAAGGACACUAAAGCAGUGGUUGUCACAAGGGUGAAUGAUGCUCUCUGUAGGGAUUGCUUCAUAGUGUAUGUUGUACACAAGUUCCGGGCGACCAUUGGAAAGUCUCACCUCAUUCGAGAUGGGGAGGAGAUUCUACUCGCAUUUUCUGGUGGGCCGUGUUCUUCAGCACUACUACAUUUAGUGCAGGAGGGUCUCAGUCAGCGAGCACACAAGAGAUUAAGAUUCAAACCCAGUCUUGUGCAUAUUGAUGAAAUGGGUGUUCUUGAUUUACCAUCUGAGGAACGCGAGAAAACAAAUGCUGCAAUACUUGACGUCCUACGAGGUACUGGUUAUCCAUGCUACAUCAGCUCACUGGAGCAGGCUCUGGAUUUGCCAGAUGGAAGUGGGGAGCAGAAAGUGGGUCACUGUCGUCCUCCAUGUUGGAACAUUGACAAUGGGGAGGGGCUGGAGAACUACAACAGAGCGAAGCAUGAUAAGAGACUGGCAGACGUCUUCAAAAGCAUCAAAUCAACAACAGCCAAGGAAAAUUAUGUCAGGAAUCUAAGAAACCAACUUUUAACUGCCAUAGCACGUCGCCAUAGUUACAGCAAGGUGAUGCUAGCUAACACAUCCACUCGUCUGGCCAUCCGCAUCCUGUCUGAUAUAGGUCAAGGUCGUGGAGGACAGGUGUCUGUUGACACGUGUUUUGCCGAUGAACGCCAUGGUGAUAUCAUGUUUGUCAGACCAAUAAGGGAGGUGACAUCUAAGGAGGUGGCCAUGUACAACUCCCUAUACCGGGUGGAGCCUGUCUUUGUGCCAACACUCACAACACAGGCUUCGAGAGGGGCCAGCAUUGACCACCUGACCGAGUGUUUUGUGACUGGGCUCCAGGCCGAGUUCCCCUCCACCGUCAGUAACAUAACAAGGACGGCAGGCAAGCUGGACAGUGUGGUGAGGACGGGGACAGAGGACUUCUGCGUCUUGUGUCAGUCUCCGCUAGAUACAAAUGUGGGCGAGGCAUCAGCUUUGCGUGCGGUGGAGUUCUCGGACAUGUUAUCAAAGAGAGGCUGUGACCCAGGAAGUACAACCUCUGGAUGUUGUGGUGAAGGUGACGGGAGCUGUCAGUCAUCCAAGGUCAACAGUUUACACAACACUGAUGUGAUCAAGGCCCUGUGUUACGGAUGUCGGCUGACUGUGAAGGACAUGACUGAUGUGUCUCAGUUGCCAAGUCAUGUGACCCAGGAAGCUGCCUCCAGGAUCAGUAGGUUGAGGAUGAAAGAGGACAUACAGGACUUCCUUAUAGAUGGAGACAGUUGAUCUGCAUUCUACAAGAUUCAAGCUGACACCAUGUCUUUCACUAUGUAUGAAGCAGUUUAUCACUGCGAGUUAGUCUGGCAGCCAUUGUGGCCCAUUAGUGGAAGGUGCUUUAGGGAGUUGUGUGAUCAAAUCCCUGAUUGACCCUGGCCAUGAUGCAGAUGUCUAGGACCUUCAUUGGGGCAGUGGGGUAGCCUAGUGGUUAAAGACCCUGGCCAUGAUGUAGAUGUCUAGGACCUUCAUUGGGGCAGGGGGGUAGCCUAGUGGUUAAAGACCCUGGCCAUGAUGCAGAUGUCUAGGACCUUCAUUGGGGCAGUGGGGUAGCCUAGUGGUUAAAGACCCUGGCCAUGAUGCAGAUGUCUAGGACCUUCAUUGGGGCAGUGGGGUAGCCUAGUGGUUAAAGACCCUGGCCAUGAUGCAGAUGUCUAGGACCUUCAUUGGGGCAGUGGGGUAGCCUAGUGGUUAAAGACCCUGGCCAUGAUGCAGAUGUCUAGGACCUUCAUUGGGGCAGUGGGGUAGCCUAGUGGUUAAAGCGUUCACUUGUCACACUGAAGACCUGGGUUUGAUUACCCACAUGGGUGCAAUGUGUGAAGCCCAUUUCUGGUGUCCCCUCCCGUGAUAUUGCUGGAAUAUUGCUAAAAGCGGCGUAAAACAAUACUCACACACUAUGACCUUCAUCACUUGGACUUGCUUCUUGAUUUAUUAAGCACUGAACUACUGUUCAAAGUAGUGUUAAUCACAUCACUCUCGAAUCAUCACAUUUUUAUUAUAUAGGGUUACUUUUUACAUUUAAUUAAGCAAAAUGAACUCGGUGUUGGGAAAACAGUAAGAUAUUAGUAUUAAUUUCAAUGUAAUAGUAAGCUUUUAAAGCAAGCAGGGCCUGCCUCUAAUCGUUUUUAGAAACAACAUAUUUUGAGCUACUUGCAGGGGUAUUACGAACCCAGUUGUCUUACUGGUAAUCCAGGAUAAGUUGAACCAACUCUCAAAACGUGUUUGAGACAAGUAGGUGGUGCACAGAAAUUGGGCAUACACAUUUGGUGUGUUACAGGUAGAGAGGGUGUACGCAUGUUGUGCACGUUCAGGUCAUGACGAUGACAUUGACUAUGCUCACGUAGACACGUUUUGCUCAUAAGGCUAUUAGAGGUCAGUGUGACAAGUCGAUACUAGAAUUCUUAUCUAAGACACGCACAUUUCAUCGUAUUACUUGUCGCGGACCACCCACUACACCCUCACGAUGGUAGACGCCAGUGGGUGGACCUCAUACAUAUUCAUACAGGGUUAAUUGUCAGGUCACAACUUAUCCUGGUUACCAGUAGGUGCUGCAAUUUUCAGUGCAGUAUCCUCCCAUAGGUGCCCGGAUCUGGUGGGACUUUAAUUCCUGAUAUGCCUUUACUAUCUGGUCUAUCUCGUGGGUUUCACCAAAGUGGUACAUGUAGUGACCUGCAUAACAUGCUGGGAUCUGGAAUACGGGUUAAGUGAGACAUUAGAGUAAAUAAGUUGGAAAGGAGUGGAGGGCUGACAAACUUGCACACCAUCACUACAAACAUGCCAGUUAUGGUAUUCUUAAAUACAAUUUGUUUUACAAACAUAACUAAAAGAGAACUUUUAUCUUCCUAUUCAAAUGCCUAAUAAAUUUUGAACCGUGA